UAAACAAUAAACAAAUAAAAUUGGACCGGCUGUCCGGCUACCACACCAUUUUAAUUUUUCAUGCUUUUUAAUUUUUUCCAAGUUGUGAUUGUGAAUUUUGAUUCAUUGCCUGGACUGCCCUGGACUGUGUUGGUUAAUUGGUGAUACACGUACCGGCGGUGAGCUUGUUUUUAGUUCAUUGAUCCAUACUUUCAAAUUGUGCAUUUGUUCACACAUUUCAACUUUCUUCUCUAUCAAUUUUAUCAACAACAAGAUACCAAAUACAUAACUCUCCAAAAUGAAAGAAGUUAUUGACGUGAUGGAACUCCAAAGGGAAAAGGCUCGUCGAGCCGCUAUAAUAGAUUACAGGAAAAUGGAUUUUAUGGGAGGUUUUUCCCCUGCUCUGUUCGUAUUUGAAUGUGGAAAGAAGCUCAAUGGACAACCCUUGACUUUGGCGACUGCUGCUGUUAUAUUGCACAGGUUUUUCAAGGAAAUGGAUCACUCAAAUUAUGAUCCCUAUUUGAUCGCCUCCUCAGCCCUAUAUCUAGCUGGCAAAGUCAAAGAUGACCCCCUCAAAAUCCGCGACAUCAUAAACGUAGCUCACAACACAUUGCAUAGAGGAUCUACUCCUUUGGAAAUUGGGGAGGAAUAUUGGAAUAUGAGAGAUGGUAUCGUGCAAGCUGAACUAUUGAUAAUGAGGGCUUUGAAAUUUGAGGUUGGGACCAUUCAUCCCCACAAAUAUAUGUUGCAUUAUUUCAAGAGUAUGGAAGGAUGGUUAGGAAAAGAUGUUUGGGACAACAUACCCAUAGCUAAACUAGCAACCUGUUUUCUCCAAGACUUGCACCUAGAUCCAGCAGUAUUAGACUAUUCACCUCAACACAUUGCUGUCGCAAGCAUUUCACUUGCUCUUCAAUGCUAUGGAGUGCAACUUCCAUUAAUGGAAGACUUAGAUGAUGAAGCAUGGUAUUCUGUAUUUGUUAAAGACCUGCAGAAAGACAAGCACUGGGAAAUUAUGGAGAAAAUCAUGGAGGUGUUUAGUAAAGAGACUGGUCAUUAGUUUCACAGAUGUAAAAUUUGCUGUUCAAGUGCAUUUUUUUUAGUUUUAAAGAUAUAUUGUACCUAUUUUACUUGGAUGUGUGUAAUGCUUGAGCGGCUCACUUAUUGCUAACCUAGCAUUACAAUUUUGAACUGCAAUUUUGCCAAGGCAAUAUACACAUCACAUCCUGUUGACUUUUUAAAUUAAAAAUAGUUAAAAACAGUGUAUCCAGUCUUACAGACUGGAAGUAUGUCAAGAAAGCAAUUAAUUUGGCAGAAAAGCUUGACUGGGACAUUUCUAUUUUCUAUGAUCAUAACUAGAAAAAAUAUAUUUUAUUGAUUAUAAUUUAUGCCCUGGUUUGUGCAUUUAAAAGUUUUCACAGUUUUGGGGUUUGACAGAAAUCUGGAAAGGUGUGGUUGCUUGAGUAAUAAUUAUUAUUGUGCACUAGUCCAUCUCUUCAAAGUGGAAAUUUAAUUCAAAAAGAAAACAAAGUCUUACUACUACAAUACUUUAAUCAUGUUUCGAGGAUAGGGAUCCUCAACAUACCUACCUAAUAUUUGAGCAAACGUGCCCAUGAUGAUGAGGAUCCCUAUCCUGGAAGCAUGAUUAAAGUAUUUUGUGGAGGAAGAAUUUGUGUUUUUUUUUUUGGAGAGAAUAAAACAGAAACAAAUGCUUUUGCUUAAGUUUUUUGAGAUAAACAUAUUCGGCUUUAAUGCAGCAAAAAGAGACGGAGGUAGAGUGAAAGCAUUUGCUACACUAUUCAUAUGACUGAUUUGUUUGUACUUGGACGAUUAUGACAGCUUUAAUUUAGAUUGCCUGGAGCUUAGAAAUUGUUCUCAAAUAGCAACAUAGUUUUCAAUCAAACAUGUAGUCCUUACUUUUAAAUGCACAGACUUUGGAGAAAUAUUUUAUAUAAAAAAAAAUAAAUUGACGUGGCAGAUAAUUAUGACAGUAAUCUUUGUUUUACCUACCUCUAAGAUCAGUUGCUGACAUAAAUUCGAGUUAGAUUGAUUUAGUACCUUUUGAUGUUUAUGUUCACUUAUAAAUUUUUAUAAAAUAAAUACAAUCACGCUAAUAAAGUCGUUUUUAUUUUUAGAUACA